AUGGCUUCUGUUCCUGAGUAUACCACGUCCUCGAACGAUUUCCGUUCGGAUACAUUCACGAUCCCCACACCUGAAAUAUGGCAAACCGUGGCCGAAGCUUCACUUGGUGAUUCUAUCUAUGAAGAGGACAGAGACACUAGCUUGCUGGAACAACGAGUGGCACAAGAAUAUUUGGGUGGCAAGCUAUGCGCAAAUGCUGAAGCUAGGGGUCUUUUCUGCAUGUCUACGACCAUGUCAAAUCAAUUAGCUAUUCGAACACAUCUAAAUUUCGCUCCUCCAUAUAGCGUUUUGUGCGACAAGAGAGCACAUGUUUAUGUCGACGAAUGUGCUGGGAUAGCAGUCCUUUCGCAAGCCCUGGUAAUACCAGUAACAGCGUCAAACGAGCGUUUUCUUACCUUGCAAGAUAUCAAAGAUAACUAUAUCCCUGAUGACGGUGACAUUCACCUGGCGCCAACCAAACUAAUUUGCGUGGAAAACACUCUGCAUGGUAUGUGCUUUCCGUAUGAUGAACUCAAGCGUAUCAGUGAUUGGUGCCAUGAGGAGGGAAUCAAGUUGCAUUUGGAUGGAGCUCGAUUGUGGAAUGCUGCCUGUGCUUCCAGCGACCGUGACCCUAAGCAGUACAUGCAAGAUAUUGCAGCUCUUGUAGACUCAGCGUCUGUCUGUUUCUCGAAAUCAUUAGGAGCUCCUAUUGGAUCCAUGCUGAUCGGCAACCCCAAUUUUAGGAAAAAGGCACGUCAUCUACAAAAACAACAGGGAGGAGGCAUCAGGCAAGCCGGGUUCAUUGCCCGUAUUGCCAAUUACUGUUUGAGUAUCAAUUUUCCUGCUACAGUCACUGAAGUUUCGCGCCGAACAAUCGAGUUCUGGUUUGAUUUACAUGCGACGCUCAAAAGAGAUUAUGGAAUGGAACUUCAGUUGGCGCAUCCCGUUGAGACCAACUUUAUUUUUGUGGAUUUGGCGAGAUCAGGCAUCAACUUAAACAAGUUUUUAGAAAUUGGACAAGCCAAUAAUGUCAAAUUAUUUGACGGAAGACUUGCCUUUCAUUAUCAGAAUAUUAGCUCCGUCAGCCUUUCUACGCUAAAAAGAACUUUUAUUGAUGUUGCAUCCUACUAUCAACAGAAUGAAUAUACACCAGAUGAAAGAUCCGCAAGAAUUUAUUGA